UAAGGCCAAGAGGGCCUUAAAAACCUGCAGAGCACACAGCUGGAGCACUUGCGGACCUUGACUACGGCAUCAAAUCGGCCAGAUACGUCACCUGAAAACUGCUCCCUCCAUAACUAUUUUCCGAGAAAGUAUCAGCAGCACACACAACUUCAUGUUUAUGUAUGUGAAGUUAAGACAAAGAUCCAAGGUCUGUGUCUGGAAGCAAUCAUCUUGUCCAGCCCCCCCCCACCCUAACCUCCUCCCCAUGAUGUCAUCGAAGCUGUAGUUCCGGGAGAAUUGGGGGAUUUUUCUGAGGGACGGUUUUCUCAAACUCUCUCCUUUUCCUUGACAGUUUGUACAUUUCAAAUAGGCAAUCGCCAUCUUGUGUGUGUGUGUUUUUUUUUUGUUUGGUUGUUUUUACAAUUUUUUUUGUACCUAUUCCCUCGACACAAGCAAAGUCUAGUUGAGGUUGAAAUGUUUACACUCCAUCUGUUUAUCUGGACGUCACGAAGGGGGGAGUGGAGUCGUUUUGGUCUCUUUAUGAGGCGGCCAAGGGCAGCCCCUGCCUGCACACACCGCGCAAAAACAACAAUCCAACAUAUUUCGAUACCCAAACGCAUACUCUGGCUUGCUUUUGUUUUACAGAGACCAGCGGGAGUUCUUUUCUUACGGUUCGACGCGCCAGGUGUAUUUUCCAUCUCUUGCUAUGGACCGCAGUAUUGCGUUUCUUGAAGAAACAAAAAAAAAAAAAUUUAUUCUUGACAAGUAAAUCAUCUGCGUAACGUCAAAUACACGAAGCAAACUUCCCUCCUUGAUGUAAAUCAUGAGGAUACACUCGUUUCAGCGAUUCCCCCGGCAUUUUGAUUCAGUUCUCGCUUCUGCAAUAUCUUGAACCACCAGAGAGGGCAGCAGAGAUGCCAGAUGCUGCAAAGUAACACCGAGGCUGCAACUCCCUUCCUCUCCACCACCUCCUCCCCUCUCAGGGGAGGUGGGAAGGGUCUCCCGUCUGAUCCUUUGUCACGGGAAGACUUUGGGGUUUUACUCUGCCGUUGCCUCCGAGCGGGGACAAGAGGAUUUCACCUCCACCCAACAGAGAUUGCAACUAUGUCAACUAAGCAAAGCGCAGCUGAAUCCUGACGCCGGCUGAAUCAAAGGACGGAGGUCAGCCAGAUGAGCAGGAUGCUUCCUCAAAGGGCGGCGGUGAGCACGCUGGCUUACGGCUCAGACUGCGUGAAGCUGGAGCCGAGCGGCAGCGGUCCGGGCGGUGGGACCUUACUCAGGGGCUCCCGCUCUAAGGCAGAGCUGCAGGAGUUGAUGGAGACGCUGCAGCGCAGGAAGAGCGCCCUGGAGGCCAGUCUGAGGGCGGCCGAGUGCAGCCGCAAGUAUUUCAAUCUGCCUUCGCCCGGCGGACCCCAGUCCAAACGGCCGCUGUCCAUCCUGGGAAACGGCGAAUACCAGCCGCCUUCCUCGAGAAACUUCUCUUACGUGACCAGCAGCAGCGUGCCCCCCUCGCCUCGCCAGGGCGAGCGGCAGUUCAGCCCCAACGGUUUGCUGCGUCACCCAAACGCUCGCCACCAAUCGCAAGACAGCCUGUUUCACCCGGCGGAUGGGAGCUCUCUCAUUUCCCCUUAUGGCGAACCUCUACCUCGCUCCCCGAGGGUCAAGAGCGGCACGGCUAGCGUGCCCUCGAGCCCUCGAUCGGGCCGGAGACUCCACUCACACAGCAAAGCCGUAAGUGACUCCAGGCAGAGGAAAUACUCCACGGGUUCCCUCAACAGUCUGGGCAUGCACAGCCGCUCCCUACCCCGCCUCCACAAUCCAGCCGAUCCUCCUAUUUUAUCCCUGCCGCCUCAUCUCCAGAGAGCGGGGCGCUCGGCGGCGGCUCGUCGCAGUCUCUCCUCCCUUGAGCAACCGCCGGAUGUGACCGUACCGGCCGGCAUGCCUAAUACGCCCAGGAGGGCCAGCCUGGCCUCACUUAGCUCGCUAGGUGUCGAGGUAGACGGCCCGAAUUUGGACGUGAGCUUUGGGGAGCGGAGCUUAUCGUUUGGGAAAGCGGGGCUGAGUCCAGGACAAAGGGUGGGCAGCAUCACGUCUUUGAAUGGAAAAGAGGAGUUGAGAGACUAUCACCAGCACCAGAGAGACGAGAGGCUCAGGGAGCAGAAAGUGCACAAAUUGGAGAGCCAGCGGCUGGAGACCAUCAUGAGCCUGUGUACGGAGUUUGCGCAGGUGGAGCCCGCGGCUUCGGCGGUUUCGGAUCUGCGGAAGAUCAAUAAGGAGUUGGAGAAGCUGCAGGUGUCGGACGACGAGUCGGUUUUCUCCGACUCUCCCGGCGGCGAGGCUCCGGGCAACGGCUUUGGCGCCAGGGGACGAGAUUUGCUCCUCGGUGACGAGCGGCAGGUCAGCGGUCGUCAGCAAAACGGUUACAGAGAAGUUGACUCGCCGGGUCCCGGCCUGAGCAGCAGUGCCCCCUCACCGUCCAGCAACCACAGAGCGAAGGUGUUGGAGAGUGUGCAGCUGAAGCAGGAAGUAACACACAUUGAAGAGGAGAGGAUCCAAGUUGUGAACAACAUUGAGGAGCUGGAGCAGAAGAUUAAAGACCUGGACAAUCAGAUGGAAGAGUCUGUGAGAGAGAUGGAGGUCGAGUGUGCUUUGCUGGAAGGGGAGCAAGAAUCAGAGAUGGCACAGCUGCAAAAAGAAAAUGACCUUUUGGACCAGCUUAAGGAAAAUAGUCACACUAGUGAGAAGAUUAGCCACACCGAGAAAGCACAGGAAGCAGAGGAUCAAGCAAAAAGCUUGGAGGAAUUGGAGUUUCAAAAAUUGGAGAGAGAGAUUCACCAAGAUGAGGAGAAGGAAAAUCGGGGUCAGUUACUGAGAGAAAUUGCUGACUGUCAGCGUCUCGCUAUCACACGCAAGGAGAGACUCGCAACUCUGAAGAAACAGUCCUCGCAGAUCACUUUACAGUCCCAGCAGGAAAGAGAAGACUUUCAGAGGGAAAAAAACAAUCUGCUCAUCAUGCUGCAGAAGGAGAGAGACAAGCUGGCGUCUUUGGAAGGAAAGUAUGCGGAGCUGUCUGAGAGGCAGAACUUGGCGCUCAGCAAUGGGGCCAUCAAAGAGCACAUACACUCGGUGAAGGAAAGGAGAAGAAGCGACAAGGACAACUCGGUUCAUCUGAGCGAUAACGGAACUCCGAAGAGGAGCCAGCAGAUCGUCACUCACUACGGCCGAUCUCUGGGACGCACCCUUCCGCCCAAGGCCCAUCUGCCUUUGUCGCAAAGCUCCAGCUGUGGCAGCGUCAUCCCCCAAGGGCUCAGUUUUGCCCCUCGAGACCCGAAUGGUCGCCGCCAGCCAAAAACAGGCCACACGCACAUGACUGACGGCGUACACGCCCGACAAAGAAAAAGUGAUUUUGGUAGUCGGCUGCUCUCUGAGAACAACGUUUUCCUGGACUCUUUGUCCUACCCGGACAACAGCCAGGCCUCCGACACCAUCAGUGUGGACAGCUCUGACAGUAUGGAGACCAGCUUUUCCGCAUGCUCUCCAGAUAACAUCUCCAGCGCCAGUAUGACCAACAUGGCCAAGCUUGAGGAAAUGGAGCGUUUACUCCGAGAGGCCCAGGUGGAAAAACUAAGGCUGCUUGAGCACAGGGAACGUGAAAUGGAGAUCCGCCGGCAAGCUCUGGAGGAAGAGCGAAGACGCAGGGAGGAACUGGAGAAACGCCUGCAGGAGGAGACCAACCGGAGACAGAAACUUGUGGAGAGGGAGGUGAAGCUCAGGGAGAAACAGAGAUCUCAGUCCCGACUCUUGACUCGCUACUUGCCCAUGAGGAACGACGACUUUGACCUUCAUUGCCAUAUUGAGGCGGCGGGACACAAUCCAGACGCCUGCUUCCAUCUGGCCAUCACGGACAAAACGUGCAGAGGCUUCCUUGUCAAAAUGGGAGGCAAAAUAAAGACCUGGAAGAAACGCUGGUUUGUUUUUGACCAGAAUCGCAGGACGCUCACUUACUAUGCAGACAAGCAUGAAACCAAGAUGAAAGGAGUCAUUUACUUCCAGGCAAUAGAGGAGGUGUACUAUGACCAUUUGAAGAAUGCACACAAAAGUCCCAACCCCUCGCUCACCUUUAGUGUGAAGACUCAUGACCGGGUCUACUACAUGGUGGCCCCGUCCCCCGAGGCCAUGCGUAUAUGGAUGGAUGUUAUUGUGACCGGCGCUGAGGGACACAUGCACUUCAUGGUGUAACAGAUCCAAAAAGGUCAUUUUUAUUGUUGUUGUUGUCAGAAGAGAAGAUUUGCACGAUUCCACUUCACAGUGUUUGAAUGUGACAACUCAUCCACUAUAACGUAAUCAAGUAUAAAGAUCAAAUAUGUUUUAUACCAGUCGCAUAAUUAAGCUACAGUAUUUCGUUGUUUUGUGUAUGAUAGCUACAAUUCUCUGUGACGGAACUAGAAUGGCCAUCAGUCGGAAUUGGAGUAGCUCUCCUUGCUUCGGUUUAGGGUCGUUAGUUCUAGUAUUCCACUUCAAAAUAGAAAUUGUGAAAAUCACGCUACAGGGACCACAGUUGGAACUAGAACUUGCUAACAACACAAGUGAGGGUCGAGUUUGCGGCAUGUGGAUACAUUUUCAUCGGGAGGCGACUUAGGGUGGCAAGAAAGUGGACUGCUGCAGCAAAACUUUAAAAACUAACAAACAAACAAAAUCAGUUUCCAAGCAGAUCAGAAUUAAAAAAAAAGGAAUUAGCCAAUUAUCCACAUCUUAAAUUCUUUUUUUACAUUCCUGUCAACAAACACACAAACGCAUGCAGUAACCUACUUUCAAGAAGCUCACUGGCUGUUUUGUGGUCCUGACACUAAGUCCGUGUCCUAUCUUUAUAUUUAUCUUUUGUUGUAAUCAUAAUAGCAACUUGCCAGGUGUUUUCCAUGCACUUAUGACUCUUUUAAUCAAUCAGCAUCCUGGUGAUUUGCGAAAGAAAAUUCCAUACUUUGUGUUUGCAAGAACUCACAUUGCUUCGUAUAUCUCUAUUGCAGUGGAUUUGUUUUAAUAUUCUCCGGUGUUAUAUUACCUCCUAAACGCCAGUAUUUGUGACGCAGCUGCCAGUACAGUAUUGUCAUUUUGGAAAGCAGAAACUGCGGGAGUGGCGCCCUCUAGCGGCAAUAGGAACUGAUGACAAUUUGUGAUGAGGUCAUUGUGAUCCUCGGUCCGUGAGCUCAACAUUUCAGUAUUCUUUAUCCACCAGCAGAGGCCCUCAGUGAGCAAUGUAUUUCAGCAGCAUGACGUAAUGCUUUUCUCGGUCUCUGAUGUCAAGUUUCAAUUUGAAAUGUCCCCAUUUAAGAUCAACACGCUCCUGUGUAUGAGUUGUCGAUCACAUUUAUAUAUUUUUAUAUUUCAAUAUACGUGUUUUAUAGUGUAUUUUCAAUAUGAAUUGUUUUGUUAGUCAACACGUUUUUUUAAUAGUAGGUUUCAACAACAAAAAAGGAAUAAAUUCUUUUUUAAAGAAUUUUA